UGAGAUCAGCAUCUUUUGUGUCGUGCAGCGUUAGCUACACGUCUCUGCGUUAGCAGUAGCUGUUUCUUUAGGGCAAUUAGUGUUUAACCGUUAAUUAUUUCUAUCGCAUGAUGUCGGCAAACGGCCCUGGAAGUACAUUUGACUGCUUAGACUCGAAGCGAAGCGGCGGCGAUGGCGACGGAGAACGGUCACAGGCAGAGGUGGAUUCCAGCUCCCACAGCUUCAAAUACAGCCUCACUUACCCCAGCAUCGGCCAGUGUGUCAUCAUCAACAACAAGAACUUUGACAGACGAACAGGCAUGAAUCAACGAAAUGGUACAGACAUAGAUGCUGCUAACGCGAUGAAUGUGUUUGCAAAGUUGGGUUAUAAAGUGAAGCUUUACAACGAUCAGACAGUCCAGCAGAUGAAACAGGUUUUAACCUUUGUUUCAAAGGAAGAUCAUGACAGUGCCGCCUCCUUUGUAUGUGUUCUUUUGAGUCAUGGAGAUGAAGGUGUAUUCUUUGGUACAGAUGGCUCAAUAGAGCUCAAGUGUCUCACAUCACUGUUUCGUGGCGAUCGCUGCAAAACAUUGGUUGGAAAACCAAAACUCUUCUUCAUCCAGGCUUGCAGAGGUACUGAUUUAGAUGCGGGUAUUGAAGCGGACAGUGUCGAUGAUGGCGCCAUGAGGAUCCCAGUGGAAGCAGACUUCCUCUAUGCCUACUCCACAGCCCCAGGCUAUUACUCAUGGAGGAACACCAUCAGUGGGUCUUGGUUCAUCCAGUCACUGUGUGAUAUGAUCACCAAAUACGGGAAAGAAUUGGAGCUCCUGCACAUCAUGACACGUGUGAACCACAAGGUGGCAGUAGAGUUUGAGUCAGUUUCCAAUUCCCCUGGUUUUGAUGCAAAGAAACAGAUCCCAUGUAUUGUGUCGAUGUUGACCAAAGAAAUGUAUUUUUAUCCUUGAGGUAAAUCAGAAGUCUUCAGUUUCCUUUGGAAGAAACACCUAAUUGAUGGUAUGUGGGAGGUUUAUCUGAGAUUUUCUGAUGUUUACACUUUGAGAAUAAAACCUCUGAUCAUGCUGUAUAGAUUUGGUGACACAUUUCUAUCACAUUUCAUAAGCUUGGCAUUAUAAUUUUUAAAAGUUUUAUAAUGUUGCAUAAAUUGUCUAAAUUUAACUGUAUUUGUAGGUCUUAUCUCAAAAUGUUUUGGCACCGAUUCUAUACCAGGGCCAACAUUCUCAUUGAGUUUCUUUAGAUAUCCUUUCUUCAGUAAAAAAGCCCAUAUUCUAACCCAUCCCCUCCCCCAAUAAAUAAAUAAAUAAAAACUAAAAAAUAAAUGAAUAAAUAAAAUAAUGUCCUGACACCAUGCCUUUAUCUGCCCCUCUUCCGAAAUACAGUGGAAUCGAUUCCAGCAUAGUCUUAAGAUCCAUAAUGAGUUGACUCAAAAUCAAAUAGUUUUUGAGUAAUUCUAAAAAUAUUACAGACACAGGAUAAUAAAACCAUAAUGUCAACAGAUCAUGAACAUGAAGAUAAAAUGCAAGUAGUGCUGUGCGCAGUCAUAGUAGGUGUUGCUAGUACUGAGUUGGACCCUCUUUUGCCUUUGGAACUGCCUUAAUGCUUUGUGGGAUAGAAUCAGCAAGGUGCUAGAAACAUUCCUCAGAGGUGUUCGUCCACAUUGACAUGAUGCCAUCACGCAGACUGCCCAUUCUCCUCUGACCUUUAACGUCAACAAGGAAUUUUCGUCCACACACCUGCCCUUCAUUGGAUAUCUUUUUUGGACCAUUCUCUGUAAACCCUAGAGAUGGUUGUGCGUUAAAAUCCAAGUAGAUCAGCAGUUUCUGAAAUACUCAGACCAACCUGUCUGGCACCAACUACCAUGCCAUGUUCAAAGUCCCUUAAAUCCCCUUUCAUCCCCAUUCUGAUGCUCUCUGUUUGAACUUUAGGAAGUUGUCUUCACCACAUCUAGAUGCCUAAAUGCACCGAGUUACUUCCUUGUGACUGGCGGAUUUGUUACUUGUGUUAAUAAGCAGUUGAGCCUAAUAAAGUGGCCAGUGAGUGUUUAUCAGAUGGUAGUUAGUCUGUUGUAAUGAACACAGACCAAAUAUACAUAUUGAAAAACCAAACAGGGCUGUUGAAACAUGUAAUUAUCAAAUAUGAUAGUGGUGGUGGGGGGACAACACGAGUCCAAAUGCCUACCCUUCAAUCAGUAUCAUAUCAUGCAUCAAAUAAACACAAUAAUCUGAUGAACGUGUCUUGGAAGAUGCUGGACUGAAAAUAUUUUCCUUCAUGCACAGACAGCCUCAUAUGGUGUGUGUGUGUGUAGUCCCCCAAACAGUUGAGGAGUUCCUCUUACAAGACUUAUAGACUGACAGACAAAGUGACAGGUUGAUUCCUACAUACCCCCAAACGUUUGGAUGUGGGGGUAUAACACAGAGCUGUAUAUGAGAACUAGAGAGCGCACUCCAAAUGCUGCACACUAAACGAAAACGUCCCUUCAUGGACAGUGACAUGACGCCUCCCAACCAGGCAAAAUAUUGAUGAAGCACCCGGAUUCACGA